CCUGUGUUACCUCUGUCACAUGUCAGGGUGUUCCUGAACACCUCAUGGCUGUUGUUUGAGGUCCUGGAGAGAAGUGACGCAGUUUUCCUGAACCGUUUCACUUCCUCAGGCGGGUGUUGUUGGAGAAAUCGCUCCUCUUACUUUCAUUUCGACAUGGCAGUUUAUCUGAAAUGACAUAGUGUUCGGAGUCACAGCACAGUAAAAUGAGACUGGACUGCAAUAAGUUCGGCUGUUUUCUUAGCUAAAACCGGUCCGGACUAGGAGGUCGAGCAGCGGUGUUCGCUUCAAGAGGGUGACUGACCGUUAACAAUGGGUCAGGUAGAGGAAGCCAGAGUGUCGUGCAUUGACCUCCUCACGUGCCACAGAGAGCUGCUGGUGUCCACGCUCAGGAGCAUUCAGUGCCUCCUGGAUAACCUGCUGGCCAACCGCUUCUUCUGCGAGGAAGACGUGGAGAUCGUUCAACGAACCGUCACCAAACCAAACCAGGUGCGCAAAAUCCUGGAGCUGGUUCAGUGCAAAGGAGAGGAUGCCUGUGAAUACUUUGUUUUUAUCAUAUAUAAAAUACGUGACGCGUAUAUAGACCUGCAGCCAUGGUUAAAAGAGAUCAACUACAAGCCAAGCAGAGACAUGGAAGAGAUGAAAGUGGUGAACACCGACCCUAUCAGCAGGUACUGUGAGAAGCAGCGACAUGAGAUGAGCCGAGACACUAGCUUCAUCAUGUCUUAUGGGCAGCAAGAUGAGACCCGAUUGGAGGAUCUCUACACAGACACUGUGAUGGAGUUGUUCAACGACGCUAAUGAAAGCCUUGGCUUCAUACAGAGUCUGAACCAGCUUCUUGGAGAAGAUGGGGUCUUUAAUCCCCAAGGUGAAAUCAUCUAUGUAAUGGGGGAUGCGGGUGUUGGAAAGUCCAUCCUUCUGCAGAAGCUCCAGAACCUCUGGUCCAAAAGGGAGCUGCAGACAGACGCCAUCUUCUUUUUCAAGUUUCGCUGUAGGAUGUUCAGCAUCUUCAAGGAAGCAGAGCAGAUGUCCCUCAGAGACCUUUUAUUCAAAUACAAUUGUUACCCAGAUCAUGAUCCAGAUAAUGAAGUGUUUGAUUAUAUCCUGCGCUUCCCUGAUAAGGUCGUGUUUACUUUUGAUGGCUAUGAUGAAAUUCAGGAGGACAUAGACCUGAUGAAUGUUCCUGAAGUUGUGUCUCCAGAAGACAAGGCAAACUCCUUGCAGUUGCUCCUCAGCUUGCUCUGUGGAAAACUACUUAAGGGCUCCAAAAAAAUACUGACGACCCGAACUGGGAUUGAGUUGCAAAGUCGAGUCAUUAAGAAGAAAGUAGUUUUGCGUGGAUUUUCUCCAGACCACCUAAAGACGUACAUCAAACUGCAGUUCAAGGAACAGGAGCACCGGGACCUGGUGUCAGUUCAGCUGGACGCCAGCCCUCACCUCUGUGGCCUGUGUUCCACUCCACUCUUCAGCUGGAUUGUAUUCAAAAGUUUUCGGCACCUGCAUACGAUGCAUGACACCUUUCAUCUGCCUGAAACCAGCAUCACUCUAACAGACAUAUUCCUCCUGUUGUCUGAGGUGUUCCUCAGCCGCUUGGCCACCCCCGCUUCUCCCCUGCUGAAGAAAAGCACCCGCUGCACCUCGGAGACAUUCAGGGUGGGGCUCAGGCCCCUUGCUGGGUUUGCUAAGCUGGCUUUGCAGGGUUUGGAGAGAGGAAGUUUUCUGUGCAGCCAAGAGGAGAUCAGUGAGUGUGGUCUCACAGAGGACGAUAUGGCCCUAGGUUUCCUCAGACCCAUUCAUGAGUUUGACGCCAGUGAUGCCCCCGCCACCUUCGAGUUCAUCCACAUCACCCUCCAGUCGUUUUUGGCUGCAUUUGCUCUUGUGUUGGACAAGCAGACUUCUGGCAACUCCAUCCUCAAGUUCUUCACAGAAUGCAGCAGGAGGAGAGACCCCUGCUGUCUCCCUUUAGCUUUUUGUACCACGGGCUUUGUGAAGCCUCGCGAAAAGAGGCCCUUCUCAACAAACGAGCACCUGCAGUUCACAAAUCUGUUCCUGAGUGGACUGCUGUCAAAGACUCAAGCAAGUCUGAUGGGACUACUGGUAUCUCCUGUUUUAUUGAAGAAAAAACGAGCCUUGUUGAAGGCUUACUUGUCCAGUAGCGUCAAGGUUCACCUGGAGGGCUUACCCUGUCAUACUGCUGACGGAGAGAAGAAAGUUCACGUCUUGCCCCACUUUCUUUGGAUACUACGAUGCAUCUUUGAGACAGGGAGCAAAGACAUUGCUAAGAUGACAGCAAAAGGCAUCACCGCGGGUUUUAUCAAGCUGGGCUACUGUAACGUGUACUCGGGUGACUGCACGGCCAUAAACUUUGUGCUGCAGCACCGUCAGAAGCUCCUGGGACUCGACAUGGACAACAACAAUAUCAGUGACUAUGGGGUGAAGCAGCUCCAGCCCUCGUUUUGCAAGAUGACAAUUGUGAGGUUGUGUGUUAAUAACCUAACUGACAGCAGUAUUGAGGUUCUGGCAGAAGAGCUGUGCAAACACAAGAUUGUGAAGGUUUUGGGGCUUUACAACAACAACAUCACUGAUGCUGGAGCCAAACUGGUUGCUCAGAUCAUUGAAGAAUGCCCUCAGCUAGCAGUUGUGAAGGUCGGUAAAAACAAGAUCACACCUGUGGGUGGGAGGUAUCUGGCCAUGGCGGUUAAGAAGAGUGCUUCCAUAUUCGACUUGGGGAUGUGGGGCAACAGCAUCGGUGAUGAGGGAGCUGAAGCUUUUGCAGAAGCCUUGAAGAAUCACCCACGUCUCACCAACCUCAGCCUGGCAGCCAAUGGCAUCACAUCCAGUGGAGGGAAGUGUCUGGCAGAAGCACUGAAGGAGAACACAGUCCUGAGGAUAUUCUGGUUGGUGCAGAAUGAGAUGAUGGACGAUUCAGCUCCGCACUGGGCCGAGUUAAUCCAGGCCAACACUGGACUGAGCCACCUCUGGUUGAUCAACAACAGGUUCACAGCUGCUGGGAUCCAACACUUAGCUGAAGCACUAGCUUCCAACUCCAAGCUCAAGGAGAUCUGUGUGAAAGGAAACCAGCUCACUGAGGAGGAACAGAAGCGGUUUGAGUCGGAGAAACGACUCCUGUUCCACUGACAGGACGACUGUGCUCUUCAUGGAUCAGAAACACAAACACGUUUUCUGCUGCGCUUCAACCAACUCGACAACAUCACUUCCUGUUGUCCACGAGUUGAGCAGGAUGGACUCUGUGUUCACAGAAACAAGCACUGGGAUUCAGUUGGGAUGUAGUUUCUGAUGUGAUCAGAAACAUCAGUUCACUCUAAACAUGAUGUUCUGGAAUCAAAAUGUCUGCAUGUCAGUCGUCAUCAACUCUCUGAUAAAGGGAUCGACGGCUAGUUGAACUCGGUGGCCCGAAAUAUGUUGCAAUUUUUCUGAAAGCGUUGUGAUAUGUAAAAUCUCAUAAUUACUUGUAUAUCUACUUCUAUCUUUCACCUAUGUAGCUUGUCAUUUUUUCAGCUGCGCUAUGCAUGCUGGGCCGCUGAUGUGGGCAGGUUAUAUGGAAUUGAGCCUUUGAACUAAACACAAGAAGUCAAGGUCAAGGAGGCUGACAAGGGCAGAAAACACCUGGGCUGGGGCAAACUGUCUUAAAGUUUUGAUGUGCAGCUAUACACAAGAUAUCUGGGUUCACUAUGUUAGCUAGAGCUAACACCAUUAGCAGGAGUUGGCAUGAAAUCAAAAAUUGGAAGAUAAUGAAUGGAUGUUUUGCAUGACAACGAUUCAAUCUUAUGUCUCUGUAACACACCCACAUUUUUUAAAUUUUUUAACCGUGUGUUCAUCGUGCACAGCUUGAGUUAGAAACUGGAGCUCUUUGCAGCUAACGCUCUUCUUCUAGGUUAGCAUUAACAGGCAGCAGCAGCAGCACAAACAGCAGCUUUUUCAGCCGACUCUCUCCUGUUCAGUCCUCAUCAUUUUAAUUUCUCCUCAUCAUUUUUACAUCACCUUUUAUUUCAACGCUCCAGUUCAAAUUGAAAGGGGUGAACCUUGCUCAUUGUGCAAAAAAGACAGUUUUAGCUGGACAGAGCUAGCGCCAUAGCACCUAGCAUACUCUUCUAGCAUGGUGACAUCUGUGUGACAAUAUUUUAUUUAAAUAUAUGAAAAACGCCUCUCAAAGUCUCUGGAUCCCUUUAAGGGCCCAACAAAUGGGAGGCCAGGAGGAACAUUAAUCAAAGUCUAGAUUGAUGGAGAUAAAAUUCAACUCUUUCUCACGGCCUACUGAAAACAUUAAAUACAAACUAGUCAAAACUCUUCAUACAUUUUACUACAACAAAGUUAAGUUACAAUAGAAAGACUUUAUUUAAUUUUUUUCAGAGUAAAUGCUACAUUAUAAAAAAACCCAAUACAGCUCAAUUCAUAGAUGAACUGCAAAUCCAUCUUGGAACUCAGAAAGGAUUUCCUACAGCUUCCUGUUUAAAUGAAACCGCUUUUUGUUUAACCGAAGUGCCUUCCUUUCCAACUGAAACCUUCUAGUGAUUUUCUUUGUCACAUGUUGCAGACACAGACUUGGGCCAUCUGCUGGAAAUUCUCCAGGAUUACAGUUUUCCUUUGGUCUUAAUUUGUCAUGUUUUAUGUGAGAGAAAUUACUUGUGAGUUUCAUCUCAUGUCUGACUUUUACAUGAAAUAGGAACUGGUCACAGUGAAAAAAAGCAGAACAAAACAAGAAACCUGCCAACUUCCCUGUAGAAUAUACAUCUUGGUUUUGUUUGAAUACAGUUACUUCUGACAGGAAAUAAUUUCCUUCAUAAUUACUGGUAUUGCUGAUAGUUUUACAUAAAAAUGCUAGUUGGUUCACAAUUGUGCACAACCUUUAUCUGGCCAAAUCAUAUUUUUAUUAGGUCAAAGUUUUCGGCCUUCUACGGACUGGACUAUCUUCACCCACAUCUACCUCAAAGGUUCUCCCAGUCGGGGUAGUGAGGAUGUCUCUGGUCCAGGUCGCCCCACAGACACAAGUUUAGUUUACAUCCAUCCUCGUGUUAAAGCAGAGUCUGUCUGUAGUAAUGGCAGAAGCAGAGCAGCUUCCCUAAUGCAUAUGAAAAUGAUUUUAAUAAUGUAAGGAAAUCUUCACGAAGGAAGAUUCACCAACUGAUUGUUUACCGAUUCCUUGUCAGGUUGGUUGCUUGAUGACACCAGGAGGAUCAGUAUCAGAGGAUAUUUUUUUUUUUAUACUGAACAUCACACAUUUUGUUAUCACCCCAUACCAUUCAAGUAUUUAUUUGUCAUUUUGUACACAGUAAAAAAAUAUUGAAAUGAA